CUGGAAUAAAAUAUUAAUAAUAGAAAAUAUUUUCUAUUAUGUGGUAUCGUUUAAGAAUUUUUAUUUAUAUUUUUAUAUUAUUUCAAUUCGUUUCAGUGUCUGGAGAAAUAAGUGCUGGUAUUAAGUUGCAUGUUGAUGGUUCUGGUUUUCAUAGAAACUUCACAUAUCACAUUAAACUAAAUAAUUUUACUACGAACAAUUGUUAUAUAUCAUUGCAUUUUGUACUUCCUUCGGCUCUUUACGUAAACAUUAAUGAGUUAGCAGAUCUAAGAAGAGUCGAUAAGAUUAACGUAUGUUCUGUAGGAGAAAAAAAUAUAGAAUUAUUUAUGGAGAAUGCGAACUCUCAGAAUAUUACUUUUUGUAGCCUUAUCAAUAAUGGCACAUGUAUCGCAUCAUUACCAAUUCACCAACGAUAUCAAUAUCCUAAAGAGAAUGGUGAUUAUGAAAAUAUUAUUUUGAAAAAACCUAUUUUACUUAUAGGUUGCAAGCAAAGAAUUAAAGAAUAUAGAGUCUCUAAAAUAGAUCUAUGUCCAUUGUGUGCCAAUAUGAUGAUAAAAUGGAGAGAAAUACCAUAUGUUAUUGAUGAGAUAGAUUACAUAUGGACAGUACCUAUAGGAAAUACAUCCUUUUUGCCUUGCGUCACUUGCAUUACAUUAUUAACAACAAUUAUAGGAACUGUUUUUUUAAUGGGAACAAUAUGGAAGACUAUGUCUAAAGAACAUUUAAAGAAGAAUUAAUUUAUUUUCAUAUUUUUGCAAGAAUUAUCUUCCAUUACUACUCCUAUCUGAUAUAUUGAAACUGGUUUUUGCUUUUUUAUUGGAUCAUUCCACUUUUGUACUUUACCUUUACCAAAUAAAAUAAAAAUAAGA